AUGCUCGUUGUUCUACUAUUCGCUUUAUUCGUGUUCUCGUGCCAUUCUCUAAAUGUGCUCCUGUUUGUGCCAACAUUAUCGCAUAGCCACGUGGCGUUUAACACAAAAAUUGCCGAGAUUUUGAAGGAUGACGGACAUCAAGUGGUCAUGCUUCUACCAAAAAUUGAUGACUCAGUGUCUGGCAACUCGUCGCAAUUUGAAAUGUUGCAUUGGAACGUCGGAAUCCCGCCGGGACAUCUGCGGAAGGUGCUUUGGAAUAACCCGGGUCCCUAUGAAGACGCCUCACCGCUCAAUCCAAGAAUCUUUGUGAAGCUUCUCAAAGUCUCAAAAAGUUUUGUGGAAGCUUGCGAAUAUAUGAUCUAUGACAAUCACACCCUGAACUUUCUAAAAUCCCUUCACUUCGAUGUCGGAUUAGUGGAACAAUAUGAUUCCUGCGGCUUCGGCAUUUUCAAACUUCUUGGUAUCAAUUCAACCGUUUGGCUAUCGGCUACCGGUCUUUAUCGCCCCCAAGCCACUUCGAUGGGCGUCAAUUUACCGUACAGCUAUGUUCCAGAACUGUUUGCGCAUUUCUCCGAUGAGAUGUCGUUCCGUCAAAAGGUGGAAAAUGUUCUUAUCGGCGUUGUUACCUCAUUCGUCCAAACCAACAUCGUUCAGUCAUUUCAAGAAAGCGCAUUCCGAGCAUCCGGUUUAACUGAAGCGUUAUCGUCACUUCCGGAGAAAUCGUCAUCGGUUUUGGUCAACUCGAUGCCCCUUCUCGAUUUCGCCAUGCCAAUUUCACACCAAUUCUCGAAUAUUGCCGGUUUCACAGUGGAAAAAAACAAGGAAAAUCUGGAAAAUUAUUGGGAGCGCAUCGCCGCCAAUUCCACCAAUGGUUUUGUGCUCGUCAGCUUCGGCGGCAUCGCGCGAACAAUUGAUAUGCCAAGAGCGAUGCUCGACAUUCUAUUCGACUCAUUUUCAACAUUCUCUCAUAUUAAAUUCAUAAUGAAAUAUGAGGGUGAGGCUGGGGACCAUCAAAUUCCCGACAAUGUUAUUCUGACCCCGUGGAUCCCACAGCUAGCAUUAAUGGGCCAUCCUAAUUACCUCGCAAUUAUCACCCAUGGAGGGUGGAGUAGUAUUCUGGAGACGAUCAUUCAUUUAAGACCCAUGAUUCUAAUGCCACUUUUCGCAGAUCACGCGAAAAACUCAAAAGUCGCCGAAUCGAAAGGAAUCGCCAUUGUUCUUGACAAGCUUCAACUAUCGCGAAGAAAAGUGAAAAACGCUAUUGGCAGAAUUAUUCUCGAUUCGAGUUUUCGAAAAAACUGCGAGAAAUUCUCGCGGAUGCUUCUCGACCAGCCCGUCGGCCAUUCGAACAUCGUCGCCUGGCGGAUACGACAAGCGGCGAAGAGGACGCGCAAGAAAUUCGCGAGACAUUUGAAGCCUAAGCGCGAAACGACCUCCAACUAUUUUAUGGGUUUUUUUGUUUGCACAAUUGCCAUUUUUAAAUUCUACAAGUCAUAA